GUCACAGAGCAACAGUCCAACCACAGCUACAAGUUCAACAUCAAAAAGCAACAAUCCUACCACCAGUGUAACAUCUACAACAAUAACAAGCAACAGUCCAAUGACUACCCAAACAACCAAGGGCAGAAACACAAAUGAAACAAAGUUAAGGAGGAAACGUUUUGCGCGGCAGAUCAACAGCAAUUUACCACAAAGCAGCAAUGACUCAUCUUUGCUUUUUCAAGGAAUGGAGAUUUCCUGCACCUCAGACAGUAAAACAAAUCAGACCAAGUGCACCGUCCUGCUUAAGCUGAGUAACAAGAUACCAUCAUGCUGUAUCCUUCAAACUCUCUGUGCGGCCAGUAAAAAUUCCUCUGACAUUCACGUGAUGGGGCACAGGGUAGAUGAACGGAUUCAUAUAGGAUGCAAUGAGAGCUCAGGGGAGCCAAACAGCUGCAUUUAUUCUGGUCCGCUGGGUGCAUCAUGUGAGGAGUCUGGGCCUAAAUACGUCAUUACUACAGGAAACUCAACAGUCUGCGGUACAGGAGAAUGUAACUGCUCUUCACACUGCAACAGAUCUGAUGCAUACUUCACUUUAUCCAUUUCACUACAAAAUUCAACAAUGAACUCUUCAUUUGUAACAUCUCUGAUUUCUAAGCUGGGACAAACAAGAAACUGCUCCAUCGAUAUAAACGGUAAAUGCCAAUUAUUGGCUACGAUUGCAUAUCAAUACAGGAGCACCAGUGUGAACUGUGAAAGAACAGCAACAAAGGAAAUCUGCCGAGUGAUUUUAGGCUUUGCCCAAGAAGUCCCAAUUUGUUCAGUGGCUGAAGCUGUUUGGGAUGUUUUUCUACCUGAAGAAAAAAUCCAUUAUGAUGGACGAGUGAGGAGAGCAGCGAUUUGUGGAAGUGAAGACAUCAGUGCCAGCUCGCUGGACUACCAGUUCACUUAUGUGGACAGGGACCUAGAGCGUGUAAACUUUUGCAGCAAAGCAGAGGGAUCUAACCUCCUUAAAUGCAAAACUGGAGAAAACUUGCUUGUGAAUUUAAAGGAGAACUGUACUUUCAGCUUUAUACGCACCACAAAUGCUCCGAAUGUGACAAUUAAUUCCAAUGUGACUGACCUCAAUGCAACAACAAGCCCAAAUGUCACCAUUAGCCAAAAUGUGACUACCUUAAACACCACAGCUAGUCCAAAUGUCACAAUUAGCCAAAAUGUGACUAUCUUAAACACCACAACUAGUCCAAAUGUCACAAUUAGCCAAAAUGUGACUACCUUAAACACCACAACUAGUCCAAAUGUCACAAUUAGCCAAAAUGUGACUACCUUAAACACCACAACUAACCCAAAUAUGACAAAUAGCAUUAAUGUGACAACAGUAAACCCUAGCAACCACACCUCAAGUCCAGGAAACAACACAACCACAUCUGGAGGAAAACCGACAUCGAACACAACGGAUGUGUCAGUUACUGUGACUACCACCGGGAGUUCGGCUACAAAUGGAGACGCUGAAAGUCAAGCCAAAGAACUGCUUGCACUGACUGAAGACGUUUCCAAACUAACCGCAGAGCAGAUAGAGCAGUUGGUUUCACAGCUGGAGAAGCUUUUGUCGGGGCCGACUGUCAGCAAGGAACUGGGAGACACCUCCGUCAACAUUGUCAGCAACCUGCUGGAUGCUUCAGAAGAAAAGCUGUCAAGCUCCUCUGACAGGAUCAUAGGGAUUGUUGAUACGGUGGGAUUAAAGUUGGUGAUUGAAGAAAGUACAGAGAGCCUGCUGUAUCCCUCUCUAGCUGUCUCCGUGAAACCAACAGAUGGCACCAACUUUCAAGAGACCAUUUUUUCCAUCACAGAUCCCACUAAUGUGCUGGUUCGCGGUAAUCCAAGGUUGAAAAGGAGCAUGGCAAAAGACUCGUCCAUCCCCCAGGGCUCCAUUACUUUACCCCCUUCCCUAACUCAAAAUCUAACCAUCGAGGAACAACAGCUGAUCUCCAGAGUCCAGUUCAAUUUUUACCAGAAGAGCUCUGUCUUCCAGGAUGGCUCUUUAGGGAAAAAAAGACUUAACAGUGGAAUCUUGGGAGCAAGUGUGGCCAACCUUUCAAUCAAAGGACUGGAGGACAAUGUUAUAAUUCGCCUGAGAAACAUAGAACCUGUUCCGGCUAAUUUUGUGGCAGUAUGUGUUUUCUGGGACUUUGCAUUUAACGAUGGUUUGGGUGGCUGGAACUCAGACGGCUGCUUUGUCCAAAAGUCCACAGACAAUGAGACAGUUUGUGGCUGCAGCCAUUUAACCAGCUUUGCAAUCUUGCUUGACCUCUCCAGAGAGACUCUAACCAGCCGUCUUCAGGCCACCAUCCUCACCUUCAUCACUUAUAUAGGUUGUGGACUUUCUGCCAUCUUCCUGUCCAUCACUCUUCUCACUUACUUGUCAUUUGGAAAGCUGCGUAAAGACAUCCCAUCCAAAAUUCUGAUCCAGCUUUGCCUGGCCCUUCUGCUGCUCAACCUGGUUUUCCUGGUGGACGCUUGGCUGGCACUCUAUCCUGAAGCCGUUGGCCUCUGCAUUUCCACCGCCUGGUUCCUUCACUACUUCCUACUGGUUUCCUUCACCUGGAUGGGGCUGGAGGGCGUCCACAUGUACUACGCCCUCGUUAAAGUCUUCAACGACAACAUAUCCCACUAUAUGCUGAAGUUCUCACUGGUGGGCUGGGGAGUCCCUAUGAUAGUGGUCAUUAUUGUGAUCGCUAUUGACAAAAACAACUACGGCCUCGUGUCUUAUGGAAAGUUUUCCGACGGCACGAGUGAUGACUUCUGCUGGAUAAGAAACGACAUUGCCUUCUACGUGGCGGUUGUGGCCUACUUUUGCGUGAUUUUCCUCUUCAAUUUCAUCAUGUUCAUUGUGGUCUUAGUCCAGCUGCACCGGAUAAAAAAGCAGAACCCUCAUAAUAACAAGCAUCGCAGCACAUUACAAGAUGUACGCAGUGUGUUAGGGAUCACCAUACUCCUAGGCCUCACUUGGGGAUUUGCCUUUUUUGCCUGGGGGCCUGUUAAUCUGGCCUUUAUGUACCUUUUUGCCAUCUUCAACUCCCUACAAGGUUUCUUUAUAUUUGUGUUCCACUGCUUGGUGAAGGAAACCGUCCGGAGGCAGUGGAGGACCUACCUGUGCUGCGGCAAAAUGAGACUCUCGGAAAAUUCAGAGUGGAGUCGCACUGCAACACAGAAAAAUACCAAGAAGUCUCCACUGACUUCCUUUACGUCCUCACAAAGCAGCCGACCAUCCAGCACCUCUUUUCUGCCCCGCACGCCUUCAUUGCAGAUGAAUGGCAUCGGAAAUCCGCUAGAAGACAGAAUAAUCACAGCUGAUGAAGAACCGAGGACGGAUGUGGUUCUCAACGAGAUAAACAGUCAACUCAGGAACCGACGAGGGUCCUGACCUAGAAAGAGAAGCCUGUCUUCUUAUUUGUGUAUAUAAUGUAAAAUACAAGAGAAUAUUAUUUAUGUACGUCAUUCUCCAUGGCACCUGUAUCAUUUAUAAUUGAUUUCUGAGAAGUUCUAAGUCUUAAGUUGAUAUUUGUUUUUAUGACGCCUUUUAUAUAUAUAUAUAUAAAAAAAGUUAUUUAUUUACUUUUAGACAAAUUCAGUUACAUUUUUGAACAAUUUAAUGAUCUAAUGCACUUUAUCCAAACAGCUGAAAUGACAAAAUAAAGUUCACAUUUGAGCUGCACAUCCUUCUACUUUGCUGUAACUCAGGUGUUUAUGAUUUUUCUAAGUUUCAAACAUAAUAGCAAGCAUUAAGGUUGAGAUGUGCCUUGAUAGAAUAAAAUAGCCAGUUUGUAAAUGCAGAAACUUGUUCAGCUACAAGAAAGGCACCAAGUCUGCAGAAUUGUACUAUAUUAAACGGUUGAAGUGAACAUGACAAAGGUUACAAUAUUUAACAAAAAAAAAACUGAUACAUAAAAGCAGGUCUUUCACGUUUGUCUAAUUUGACUUGGAAAGCUUUUAUGCAAAAGGAUGAAGUAAGACUUCACUCUUUGCUAAUGAAAUAAUUUUUAAAAAGCAGAAUUUGCUUCCCUAAGCAUCUGGCAGAAUAUGUUUAAUGUUGCAGAACAUUUUGUAAGACCUAUUUUAAACUAUCUAGAGAAGGGAUCUGCAAACUUUACAGUACAAAGAGCCAUUUUUGACUUCAGUCAAACAGAAGCUUCUCCAAGCUGCAAACUGUGACAAAGUUUGCAGGUACCCACCCCAGGUAAAGGUUUUUUGAAAAUGUCAAUUUUUUCCACUCUUAAAAAGCAAAUAUGCCUUUGUUUUAAUAUGUGAAUUUAUAAAUAAAAAAUAAUAUAUAUUUAUUAAAUAUCCGCUUAAGGAAAUAUGUAGAUUUUAAACAACCACUGUGCC